AAUUAGUGUAAAUUAAGUUUGUGCUGUGCUUUAAAGUUUUGCUUUAUUUAUUAAUUAAAUAAUUCUAAGAGCUGGUUUGGCGGGCCAACGAAAAUUUUUUGUGCAAAAUGUGCAAAUUUUACAAUCCCUAACUUAGGGGUGAAAACGAUGCCGUAAUGCUUCUGAGGAGUACGUCGUCCCGACGCAGACGGGCGUCGCGGAGCGUCGCUAGUUCGCCUCAGUCUGGGAGUGUGCCUGGGGCAACCACAAGAGUGCGAAGGGCCUCUGUUGCCACUGACAGGCCAAUCUCUUUGUCUCAAAAUACCACUAACAGCAACGAAAUGGACAGACAACGUUCACCUAGGAGUAGUAUUGUUCCUAAUAUUGCUUUCGAUGCUGAAAAUGGCCAUGAUGAGCCAAUUAAUAGGAGAAUCCUGCCAGAUCCCGAAUAUUGUGGAUCAAGAGGCCUACUCCCAGAUACGAAUAGAAGUCCUCGUAAUUCUCUAGUUCCUGAUGACUAUAGCAGGAGUCCUAGAGGAUCAUUAAUUCCAGACUCUGGAAGGAGUCCUAGAAAUAGUUUGGUACCUGAUGGAUCAAGAAGUCCUCGACAUUCCUUAGUUCCUGAUGGAAGCCACAGUCCACGAAAUCCUUACGGUCCUGAAGUUCCUUAUAAUCGCAGUCCUAGAAAUAGUUUAAUACCAUCAUCUGGGCCUACUUCUCGUAACACGUUAAUGCCUGAAAAUGGAAGUAUUAGAACUUCAAGACAUUCUUUACUUCCGGAAACAACUAGAAGUCCACGUGGAAGUGUGGCAAAUAUAGAUUUUGAUCGAAGUCCAAGAGGUUCCAUAUGUCCAGAAAUUUCUAGAUCAGCUAGAGGGAGUAUAGCAGUACCAAUAGAUCAAGACAGAAGUACACGUGGUUCAAUUUGUGCUGAAAUGAUAGCAAGUCGAUCUCCAAGAGGAAGUAUCACACCGGCUAUAGAUCCAGAUAGAAAUCCAAGAGGUUCUAUCAGUUCGGAAUACCACAAUCCUAGUCCAAGAGGGUCUAUAAUGCCGGAAUGUAAUAAGUCACCUCGUGGUUCAAUUGGCCCUGACUCUAAUCGAUCGUCUAGAGGAUCUAUUGGUCCGGAAGGUGGAAGAAGUCCACGAGGAUCCAUUGCUCCACAUGAAGGAAGUAACAGGUCUCCGCGGGGCUCCGUUGGUGUACCUGAGAUUGACAGAAAUCAUCGUGGCUCGAUUGGUGAAGAUGGCUCUAUGAAUCGUAGUCCGAGGGGUAGCAUUGGUCUGGAGAUUGAUCGAAGUCCUAGGGGAAGCUUAGGAGGAUAUGAAAGACGAACUCAUCGAGGGAAUAACUUGCCAUAUCAAGAGCCUAGAAGAGCUUCUGCUGAUCAAGGUAUUUCAACAUCUCGUAGUGGAUCACCUUAUCGUGGUCGUGACACAAACACUGGAAAUAUAAGAUCUAGUGCAGCUCAUGGAGCACCAACGAAUCUCGGCUAUGGAACAAAUGCCUGGGUAGAUUCUCGACGAGCCAGUAGUUCUGUAUCACAGUUAUCAGGCGAUGAAUCCCGGAGGCUAUGUAUGAGGAGCGUAAAUUCAACAGAGAAGGGAAUCACGUCGGAUUCUGGAGGAGUAGGAGUGGCAACUUAUGGUUCAUUAGUUUUUCAACUGAAGGAUGCUCACCGCGAAGCAAGUGGUACCUGUGAUUUCGUGUUCCGAGCAAUGGGGGUCGUUAGUAAAACUAUGCUUGUCACGAUCUGCCUCGCAUGUCUUUCAACUAUGCCCAUUAUUAUGCUUAUUAUGGGAUUACAAUUUAUCAAGGACUGCCCGAAAGAACCUAACAUUCCCGUUUACAUGAUAGUUGGUGGUGCUCUUGGUGGAGUUAGAAUGUUCUGGGCUUUGUACUCACAAAUCCGAUCAAGGCGUUUGGAAGUUUUAAGUGUACCCAAUUCCAGCCCACAUAUAUCACCGAUGCAAUUGGUGUCCAUUGCUUUGACGUGCUUCCUGACUUUCUGGUUUGGGUUAGGUAAUUAUUGGAUUCUGAAGAUCAGAUGGCCGGACUUUGAAGCUAAAAUGUUUGAUCCAAAUCACUGGUGCGCCAAGACUCUCUACAUCUUUGCGGUGGUUCAUCUAGGCAUCAUUUAUGCUGUCAUAGGAGUCAGCAUUGUCACAGCAUUAGGUCUUGCAAUAUGUCGAGCUCUCGCGUGUUCUUGGUUUGAAAGAUAUAAAUAACCACGGAGGUCUUUUCGCUUAAAAGAAUCUAUUGGUGAGUCAUUAGAACGUACACCUUCAAGACGUCAAAUGCGAGUAUCAUUAGAUGGUAAAAUUCUCCAGGAAGUUAAUGAAGAUGAUGAAGAGGAAACGCAGAAUGAGGAUAGUAUCAAAGGAAAUGAAGUAGACGGUAGUGAAAAGAUUAAGGAAGUAGUUCAAGAGAUCAAAUUCUCUAGUCGAGUGCAAUUUCGUGCACCUGACAUUAUCGAGCUGUAAUAAAUAAAUAAAUUUUUAACAUUUAAAAAGAAGCUAUUUGUGAAUAGAAUCCUAUUAUUUUCAGUAUAUUCGACAUUAAAUAAGUGAAGGAUAUUAUUAAGUGUAAUUUUAUUG